CCGGGGGGACAGAGGGACAGCGGGGGGACGGCCGCUGUUUCGAGUGACAAAACAGAGUUUUAGCCGCGGGGUGACGCCCGGGGGCACGGCGGGACCUUGGCCUGUCCCCCCCGGAGCAGGAGGCGCGGCGGCCCCGGGACAUCCCCGGUAGAUGGCACACGGGGCCAGCGCAGAAACCCGACACUGCCUGACACUCCCUUGGAGCAGCCGAGCAGGAACCAGGAAAUACAAGCUCUGCCUGCCCAGAAAACGCUCCGGCUCCAUGGGGGAAGGAGGACAUGGGCAACCUGUGCAGCUGCGGCCGCCCGUGGAAGUGUCCUUCGCCUUUCAAAAGGAAGAAAGAAAAGCAAGGAGCUAAUGUGAGGCAUGAGACUCAACAGCAGCAGCCUGGCAGGAAGGUCCCCACGUAUGAAGAUGUCCCAGAUGUCCCCGUCUACGCCAUGGUGAGCAAGCCCAAGGGGGUGCAGCAGGAUGACAGCAUCCACUACGCCGACAUCCAGGUGUUCUCCAAGGUGCGGGAGCGCUCCGCGGCCGAGGUGAAGAACCUGCAGCUGCAGAACGCCACGGAAUACGCCACCCUCAACUUCCCCAGGGCCAGGCUGAAGUACGACGGCAAAAAUGGGACCUUGGUGUAAAGGACUCGAUGGGCUCCUCCUCCUCCUUCAGCAGGAAAAGGAGUUCACAGCUGUAGAUCCAAGAAAACCUCAUGGACGCGCCUGAGAGUUGCGAGAGGCUGUGUCUCCCACCACAGCCACUCUCACUGAGGAGUUUCCCAUCUGAUCCUGCUGGCAAAAAAACACCUCCUCCCCUCGGGAGAGCUGCCCCUGGAGCUGGCAGCCCAGCUCCUGCCUGCACUGCGAGGUGGCAGAGCUGCUGCUGGGCUGGCGAAGGCUCAGGGCUGCAGGGAGAAAAGCCCCUGCUGUGGCACGGCUCCAGCCGAGUGCCGGGUUUGGGAACGUGGCACAUGGAAUCCAGGACUCAAGGGAGGUUUUGGCACGGGGUUUCGUGUCAGUGUUCAAGUUCUGAGGGUGCAGAGUGACGUGUGGGCGGUGCUGUGAGGAGGGGAGACCUUUAGCAGGAUGUGCUGCGCUGUCUCCUUCCAACAGCUGCCCCUGCAGGUGCAGCCAGGCCCUGUAUGCAUCCCCUUGCCCCAAAUCAGUGUUCUGCAGCCGUGCACAGCACCUGGCAGCCAGAAAUGAAGAAUUAUGAGGCGGACAGAACAAUUCCUGUCACUGAUGGGCUGUUCAGAGGUGCAUCCUCACCCCUCCAUGCAAACAAGUGAGGAGCAAGCUCCUGGCUCUGACUGGAGUUGAAACAAGGGAAAAUUGGCAAUUCAGCUGCAAAUCACUGCUUAUGUUUAGGGCAGUUCUCAUCUGUCUGCAUGCCUGGGAUACUGGGAAUGAAUCCUGGGCAGCUUUGGACAGGACUUUGGACUUUGCCUCCACUUCUUGCUCAUUUUGUGCUGUCAGUCCUGGUUACAAACCCCAGUGACACAGAGCACGCACCAUGUGGGGUUACCAGAUCCACACAGAGCACACACCACAGGAGUUAUCAGAGCCACACAGAGCACACACCACGGGAGUUAUCAGAUCCACACACCACAUGGGGUUAUCAGAUCCGCCUCUGAGAACCUGUUUCUGGAUUUCAGAUAGUGUCAAUAAUUCAGUGUAGCAAUGGUCCAAAUGGCUCCUGUCACUGGGCAGCGCUGGCAGGGGACCAGGGCUCCCCAAGCACCAUCUUCAGGCACUAAACCAAGGCCUGGCACAUUCUGUUCCUCUGUCAGAGCAGAUUGUGGGGCAGCCCCGGUUAUUGGCAGCGUUUAGAAAUGGUUCCUUUUAUAAACACAGAGAACCUUGCACGUUAUAACUCAGGGGGAUGUGAAAAGCACGAAGGAGUUCCUGCUCGUGGGGAAAAACAAAACUGCUCUGGGCUGUGUUUGCCACGGUGGAAGUGUUUGAGGACCAAUCUUCCAGUUUUUCUAUGUGUUUUAAUGAGUGCCCCAGCCCCUGGAAUGGUUUUUAUUUCCCAUUCCCUGAGGAGCUCCGGCUGCCACAUCACCCACGGCGCUGCUCCUGGAAGCGCAGCUCAUCCUAGAGCCAACUCCGUGCUCCCAUUCCGGUGGUUUUUGCCUGUUUUCCAGGCUUUCCAUGGGGAAUUGUGGAAGCCAUGUGUUCUGCAAGAGGGAUUUUCCUAAGGACUCGGUUUUGCACUGAAUAUUAAAAUCUCCUGUGCUCCCCGCGGUUGUCACGUGUGCCAAACGAGCGUUUCUGUAUCAUUAAAGAUGCAAUAUUUAGUUUUAA